AUGCUUCUUCCAGCUUCGUUUUCGCGGCAUAUCACUUCUCUUCGAUCGCUGAACCGGAAGUGGCAGAGACUCGUAGCGAGAAGAAAGGAAAACAACGAUGGGCUCUCAAGUCGCAUGCUUGAGGUGUUUCUACGAACCUGGGACUUAGGCUUCACCAGUUUUGGUGGACCUCCCGUGCAUUUUCGUAUUUUGCAUGAGAGAUUUGUGCAAGGAAAAGGAGGGAAAGACAACUGGGUAGACGAGCAGACUUACCAGGAGCUCUUUGCAAUAUGCCAGGGUCUUCCUGGCCCAGCAAGUACCAAGAUGAUCUUCUGCCUUACUUUGUUACAUGCUGGGUUUUUUCCAGCGCUAUUAGUUUUCUUCACUUGGAGCCUACCGGGAGCGAUUGGCAUGUAUGCUCUCUCCCUUGGUGUCCAGAAGAUUGGCGACACCCUUCCGUUACCGGUGUAUGCGCUUCUUUCCGGAUUGAACUCCUCAACUGUUGGCAUCGUUGCACUCGCUGCUGUGCAGUUAGCCGACAAGGCGAUUCGCGAUAAGCUCACUCGCAUCUUGGUGAUCUUCGGUGCAUGUGCUGGACUAUGUUACAAUGCCCUUUGGUAUUUCCCACUCUUAAUGGUUGUUGGCGGCCUGGCAACCAUUAUCUGGGAUGGAUGGAUGAGCCAACGAAUCCGGAAGAUUAAGCUUGCAUGGAGGGGAAGACACGCAGUCCAACCUACCACUGAAACAGAGUUAGCAACUAUGCAGAGUAUUCCGAUGGAAGAGGGCGGACAAACUGCCGCUCCUAGCCAAAAUAGUGACACGGCUGCAUCGCAAAUGAAUUCGGUCCGAUCGCGAAACGUUGGCCCUAAAGGGGAAUCGGCGCCGUUGAGCUCAACAGAUACUCCUGAUCAGGAUGUAGAACAGUAUCCUGCACCCGCUCAUAGUAUCCGUGUUCGAGUGGGAAUCCUCAUCAUUGUUUGUUUCCUUGCAUCCUUCAUUGGUCUUCUUGUUGGUAGGAGCGUCUCCCACCAGCCACCAUUGGCUCUUGACCUUUUCACCAACAUGUAUCUGGCUGGUACAGUCAUCUUCGGCGGCGGGCCAGUUGUUAUUCCCCUUCUUCGCUCCUAUGUGGUUGGUCCUGGCUGGGUCUCUAGUCGUGACUUUCUUCUCGGACUAGCAAUCAUUCAGGCCUUCCCAGGUCCUAACUUUAACUUCGCUGUUUAUCUCGGGGCUUUAGCAUUGCAAAAGUCGCAGUUCCCAACAAUCUUUGGUGCAUUUCUGGGGGGACUUGGAAUCUUCUUCCCUGGGAUUGCAUUGGCAGUUGCUGUGCAAAGCUUUUGGAAAACCCUCCGGAAGCGAAAAUGGGUUGUCGAUUUUCUUAGAGGCGUGAACGCGACUGCAGUCGGAUUGGUAUUCACUGCUGUUUAUAGGCUCUGGGAGAUUGGGUAUCUUACUCCUGAGGCUAAUAAUGGUCAGAGCCUAGCGAAGGAGCCAUGGUGGGUUGUGAUUGCUGUUGUUACGUACGCAGAAAGUGCGUGGUUCAACGUACCAUCUGCUGUUGCGAUCGUUCUUGGUGCUAUACUGGGGCUUUGCUGCCUGGCUCUGCUCGCCACCGUGGAGGGCAACCCAUCUGAACCUGUCGUUAACUUGGGAUACUCGACCUAUCAAGGAUACUAUAACACAACUACCGGGCUUAAUAUCUGGAAAGGAAUUCGCUAUGCAGCCCCUCCGAUCAACGAGUUGCGAUGGCAACCCCCGGUAGCUCCUCCUCGGAACAUCAGCCACAUUCUCCCAGCGGUUGAUCAGCCGCCCGUCUGCCCACAAUCUGGUGCCGCUCGGACACCGGCAGUCUAUGGGUUUAACUCUGGUCCAGGCGACGAGGAUUGUUUAUAUCUGAACGUCUAUGCACCCCCAGGGGCAUCAGAUUUGCCAGUCUUCGUCUGGAUCCAUGGAGGUGGAUACGGCCUCUUCGGAGCUGUCUAUGACCCUAGUCCGCUAAUGAACACCAACGGCAAUGGCUUCAUCACGGUGGAGAUCCAGUACCGUCUUGGAGCGUUUGGCUUCUUGUCAUCCGCAGAGGUUCACGAAAGAGGUACGCCCAAUGCUGGUCUUUUGGACCAGCGGUUUGCACUGCAAUGGGUUCAACAACAUAUCACUAAAUUUGGCGGCAACCCUAAGCGCGUCACUAUCGGUGGCGAGUCAGCUGGUGCUGGGGCAGUCAUGCUGCACUCUCUGGCGUAUGGAGGAAAAGAGUCGAAUCUAUUCCAAAACAUCAUCGCGGCUAGUCCGUACUUGGUACCCGUGUACCCGUAUGAUGACCCAGUACCCACCGGUCACUACGAAGCGUUUGUCGAAAAGACAGGCUGUGGCCCAUCUGCGAUCGCAAAAGCCCGGUACAACAGUAGCUUUGACUGUCUAGUUGAAGCGCCAAGCGAGAAGCUUCAAAACGCCAGUGGUGUGGUUUCCGAGUCAGGCCUCUUCGGCACGUUUGCAUUCCUGCCUGUCGUCGACAAUGAUAUGAUUCGCGAGCGGCCGUCAGCACAGUUACUCUCAGGCAAAGUUAGUGGGCAGCGAAUCCUUGUCGGAAACAAUGCUAAUGACGGCGUCCCCUUGAGUAAUCCUAAUGUGGUGACCCGCACCGCAUUCAACAGUUACCUCUCGGAGACCUUCCCAAACUUCACCGAAACCGAUCUCGCCUGGCUGAAGUUGGUAUAUGACACCGCCGAUUCUCAGUCAACCGACGACAGUCCCCGAUUCGAUACCCUCGGCACUUCAGGUCCAACUGCAAAGAACCAGUCCGAGGUGGCAACAGGACUCCAGCAGACCGUGUUCAAUAUUUUUGCCGAGUCCACAUUUGACUGUCCCGCACAGUGGUUCGCCGAGGCAUUUGGAGGAUCUCUCCGCCAGGCCUGGAAGUACCAGUACUCCGUCACACCAGCCCUCCACGGCGCGGACUUGAACGCCUAUUUUCCCGGCAAAGCGUCCUGGCCCAGCAAGCGGUUCAACCACGCAUUCCAGAAGGUCUGGGGUAGUUUUAUUAUGAAUAACUCGCCUAUCAUUCCCAUUCAAGAUGCCACCGGGAACCAGAGCCAUGCCAUUGUCCCCGAAGACUCAUCGGGCCAACUUGACUGGCCGCAGUUCCACCCAUCAGCACCUUGGCAUAUGGACUUCAACACCACCGGCGGCAGCGUCUCCCCACUUGUCGUCACACCAAACCUGACCUAUUAUAUCCGCCAGGGCGACGAUGUGGUCAAUCAUUUCCGUCUCGCGAACGCCUACACUUGGGAAGGAGGACGAGGAGUGAGAUGUUUAUUUUGGCGGGCCGCUGCAGAUCGGAUUCCGCUGUAA